UAACUUGUCUACAAUAGCGUUACGUGACACUGACUUGCAUUUCACAAGGCUUAUUUUUGCAUAUUCACACAAGAUUGUGGUUACAGCUAUUUAUAUAUACCUUACUGAAUUAAUAUAAAGACAAACGGACAAUUAUGCUCAAUGCAAUGGACCAAUUCAUUAAUACAAUUCAAUAGUUACCUAACCAAACCUUACGUAGUUUUUGAAACGUCAAGUUCUAUAGAAAAUUUCUAGUGAUUGAACUCACUUUUUCAUUACGUCAUUAUCAACUGAUAACACAAUAGAACACGAAUAUCCUUAAUUUGCAAAAAACAUGAAGUGGUUUAAAGGUAGCAUCAAUGAAGCAGUGGCAACAUCAAAAUCAAGGAAAGCAAUUUUUGUCGUUUUCAUCGAAGGUAAAGAUGACACAUCUGCACAGGUUGCCGAAGCAAUCAAUGCUACAGAAGUUUCUUGCCGCUUGGAACAGGAAGAUUUUGUAGCAAUUCGAUUAGAAAGUGGAUCUGAAACCUACAGAUUCUUUGCACAGAUUUAUCAAUUGGUACCUGUACCAUCCCUAUUCUUCAUUGGUGAAAAUGGUGCACCUUUGGAAAUUAUUGCUGGCACCACAACAGCAGCUGAUUUAGCUACUAAAAUUGACUUAGUUUUAACAAAAGUAGGAAAAAAUAAAAACGCAUCUGUCAAUCUGAUAGAUGCAGAACAAAAAGCUACUGUGGCCAGUGGUGCUACUAAUGCUAAUAUGAAAAUUGACAUAGAUAAAAAUAAUGAUAACAUACCAAAAUCAAGCAGAGAAGUACCAUUAACUCAAGCUACAUCAGAGGAUAAGGAUAAGAAUGUAAUUAAGAACGUUAUUAAGGAAGAACCAUCCACAAGCUUAAAAACUAACGAGCCAUCAGAACCAGUCAAUGAAACAAAGGAGACACCUACUAAAGAACUAACACCAGAAGAAAAAAUAAAGAAAGCACAGCAGCUAAUAGAAUUACAAAGAAAACAGCGUAUAGAAGAGGAAGAAAGGAAAAGUAGACAAAGUGAAAUAGAACGUCGUAAAAUCGGUCGUGACGUACAAAAAAUGCGGCAAAAACAGCAGGAUCUAGAAAUGAAACAAGCUUACGAAGAGAGAAUGAGAGAGAAAGCUGCUGACGCAGCAGCUCGGGAGAAAGUUUUGCAACAAAUUGCUCAGGAUAAAUUAGAGAGGAAACAAAAAGAAUUAGCAAUGCAGCAGCAACAAGGACAACAACAAGGACAGCAACAAAGUCAACAAAAAUGUAACAACUCAGAACCAUCUGAACCACCGAUAUCUACGCCAACUGUCAGUAGAAUACAAUUCCGAUUGCCAUCUGGCAGUCCUUAUAUCGCGCAGUUUGAACCAUCAAGUACUUUGCGUGAUUUGCGUACUUAUGUUGUUGAGAAUAUUAAUUUACCAUUCGACCAAUUUGCGAUGUCUACCUCCUUUCCAAGACGGGAAUUAAUGCAUGAAGAUGACGGUAAAACUCUUUUAGAAUUGCAACUGGUUCCUACAGCAGUUAUCCUAAUCCUGCCUUUGAAAAAUUCGACCGUUACAACAACUGUGACAUCUACACAAGAUAUUGGUAUUUUACCACGGUUCGUUUGGUCCACUUUUUCAAUUUUCACAGCUGUGUACUACUAUGUGAUAGGAUAUUUCACCGGAGGUACACGCAAUAAUACACCGAAACAACCAAAUAACUCUUCUGGAAAUAACGAUUCAGAAGACAAAGCAGCUGGUACAGUUAAAAAUCUUCAGAAUGUUGCUAGUUCAUCAGGUUUGGUUAGAAGAUAUUUGGGUAAUCAAGGAAGUACAACCAUCAAAACUGAAGGAAAUGUACAUAGACUACAAUCAGGUGGGGAUGAUAAUGAUGAGAAUAAUACAUGGAACGGUAAUUCAACGCAACAAAUGUAGAUUAUUAUAAAUCAAUAAAGUUCUAAUGAGCUUUA